CUUGGUCUGGACCUCUGUGGGUUUCAAACGCUCCUGUCAAACUGCAGCCAAUGUAUUAUCUUACCCACGCUGGGAGGAUGCUGGUGAGAGAGAUGGCAAUGUUAAACACACAGAUUUUCACAAUGGAGCAGCCCAUUAUCAUCAGUUUCACUCCUGCUAGGAGGAUGGUAUGGGAGGAACUGUCCUCUCAAAAUGAACAGUAUGUGGAUGAGGAGGUUGGGCACCGGUCCUGUCUGGCUUUAAUCCCUUGGUCUGGACCCUUGUGUGUUCCUAUCUUUCCUGUCUUCUCCAAGGCCAAACCAGUCUACUACCUCACUCGUGCUGGGAGAAUGCUGGUAACAGAGCUUGCAGUGUUAAACACACAGACUUCCAAAUUGGUUAUUGAGGAGCCUACCAUUCACCUCACUGAAGCUGGGAGGCUAGUGCUUGACGAACUGUCAGCACCUUCAGAUAGCCAUUCACAGCCAAAUAGGGAAGACUCUGGUUUUCCCUAUGAGAAGUUGCAGCUGGUUGGGAACUGGGGUUCGUUUCAUUUCCAUUACUGGAAUAUCCAUUAUGGACGAGUGCAGCAAAAUGAAGAGGACAUGCAUCACCUGUGCAUUGUGAGGGGAGUGGAGAAGCAGCUGUGGUGGAGCAGAGUCAUCCAGGAAAAAAUCCUGGACCCAUGGGGUCUCGUCCAGGUGGUCCUCACCAACAAGAAGCUGACUGGUAUUAAGUUCCUUGGUAGAAGGAUCCAUGGACUCAUGUCCUGCCUUGUCAAGAGGAGGUCUGAGUUCACCUAUUAUGAGGAUGCCCAGCAGGUGGAUAUCUCCACCACAGUGGAGGGGUACCAGGAGAGGGGGAUGAGAUGA